AGCACAUGGCAGCCUGCCUGCUGCGACCGUGCGGUUCGAGAGCCCCUUCUUUUUCCAGAAAGAGAAAUUGAAACAAAUCUGGUGUGGGCGGUGGGCAGCAAAGUCAAAACUCCGCGCGAUCAUUUCAGAUUUCACCCGUACGCUUUCUUUCUUUCUCUCUCCCCCGCACACCACCACCAACCACCAGCGCGCGCUCCUUCCUCCCUCCCUCUACGCCGUACGGCGUACGCGCGCCGUCGUGAGGCCGCGGAACGUACCGUACCGUCCAUACAUAUACAGCCAGCCAGAGCCAGAGCCAGGCUUGCCUUCCUUCCACGCCGCGGCCGGCGAGUGCAGCGCAGAUUGCCCGUCCCCGGCCCGCCCGUCCCCAUCGCCCAUCGCCGCCGCUCCGCUCAUUCCCUAGGCGCACGCCACUCUUCUGCCGGCCCCCCGGCUCCAGGAUUUCCGACCCACUCUGGUUGUCCAGAAGCAUCGGCGACCCGCUCCCGCUCCUGCUCCGUAUAAACAAAUCGACGCCGCACCCUCCUCCUUCCUCCCCCAUUGCCUGAUCCCACUACCUGCCGCCGACUGGGAGGGCCUGUGCGGGUGCGGCAGCGCGUUUCUCGCCUCCAACCGCCGGAAGGAGCGGUCAGGAGGCGGCAUGAGGGACGACGGGCCCGCGGCGGCGCUGGUGCCGCGCCUGGCCGUCUCCAGCGCCAGCCGCGUCCAGGAGCUCGAGCGCUUCUCCCAUUACGUCGCCAGGCAAAUCGGGUUCGACCACGCCAGCGAGUGCCCCCACCUGUGCACGCUGGCCUACGACUACCUGCGCAAGAACAAGGGCUACGAGGACAACAUAUUCGCCUUCUUCCACAACACCCCCGACCCCGGGCCCCUCAUCGUCCGCUUCAUCGAGGAGCUCGACAAGUGCAUUCUCGGCUACUUCUCCUUCCACUGGAAAUGCUCCACCUACAUGAUCACCCAGGUUCUGACGGUGGAAGGCGCGCCCAAAAGGAAGCUCCGGAACAUGGUAUUGGAGGCCACUAGGAGUCAGAGAUUCGAAAGGGUCACAAGAAACUUGAAGGUAACUAGGCUAUUCUCCACACUGGUGGAAGAGCUCAAGGCCAUAGGACUUUCUCCCCAAGGCCCGGCACAGUGCAGCGAUGUGAUGGUCCCAGUAGCACAUUGUGAUCGCAGCCCAGUCCUACUCCUGAUGGGUGGUGGAAUGGGAGCUGGCAAGAGCACUGUACUUAAAGAUAUACUAAAGGAAUCAUUUUGGUCUGGGGCAGCAGCAAAUGCAGUGGUGGUGGAGGCAGAUGCAUUCAAGGAAACAGAUGUUAUAUAUCGAGCCAUCAGCUCAAGAGGCCAUCACAACGACAUGUUGCAGACGGCAGAGCUGGUGCACCAGUCAUCGAUGGACGCGGCCUCAUCGCUCCUGGUGACCGCCCUGAACGAAGGGAGGGAUGUGAUCAUGGAUGGCACACUGUCGUGGGAGCCAUUCUUCCAGCAAACGGUAGCCAUGGCAAGGGCAGUGCACCGGCAGCGAUACCGCAUGGGCGUCGGCUACAAGGUCACUGAAGACGGGUCAAUCACGGAGGAUUACUGGGAGCCUGUUGAGGCUCGCAGUGCCGACGAAGAGAGCGAGAUGAGGCCGAGGAAGCCUUACCGCAUCGAGCUCGUCGGUGUCGUCUGUGAUGCUUACCUCGCAGUUGUGAGAGGGAUCAGGAGAGCGGUGAUCACGGGGAGAGCAGUGAGGGUCAAGUCCCAGCUGCAGUCGCACAAGCGAUUUGCCACUGCGUUCCGCGGAUACUGUGGCGUCGUCGACAAUGCGAGGCUCUACAGCACCAACUCCAUGGGUGCCCCAAAGCUGAUAGGGUGGAAGGACGGCGAGAGCAACCUGCUGGUGGAUCCGGAGGAGAUCGGGUGCCUGGAGCGGGUGAGCGGCCUGAACGACGAGGCCAACUGCGUGGACGAGCUCUACCCGGACGGGCAGCCGUCGCCGUCGGCGUGGCAGGACCUCGUCGCGUCGCCGUCGAGGGCGUCCGUGCAGCGCGAGCUCAGGGCCGCCGUCCAGGCGAGCGAGGCGCGCUUCAGGGCCGCGUCGCUGGCCGACGGCGCCCUCCGCGGCGGCGACGCGCCGGUACAAACUUUUUGAGUCCGGUGCGUGCGUUUCAUCCGUCAUGAGGGUGUUUUCUUUCUCCUUUCUUCUUCUUCUUCUUCUUCCUCUUGACACUGUCAGGCUGGGGUGUGGUGUUGGGUUGAUGUGGCUGGUUGACUGGUGUUAAAUGAGGCUGGUUGUAAUGAGAAGUAUCAUAUACUAGUAUCAUGCAUAUGAUACUAGUGUGUGAUACUACCUCCAUAAUGCAUAGUAUUAUAAGUUAGUACUACCUCUGUUUCAGUUUACAA